GAGCAGCAAGUAGAAUCAGAAUGGCUUUUAUUCUUGUGCUGUUCACUUUGCUGUCACUGGCUGCUGCAGAGACAGAUCGCUACGGGAACAUAAUGAAAUCAAUGCCUCGUCUUCUACAACAGAGUGCGAAUGUUAACAAGGUUUCCCUUCCCAAUGAUCUAGAUAUGGGACAGCUGUAUGUUAAGUUGUUAAAGGAGGAAAAUCUGAGCAGGUUUUCUGCAGGACGAAAUAUAUCAUCAGAAUGUUUAAACCAUCUUAACAUGACAGUACAGGCAUUGCUACAACGACAAGUCUGGGCUUUACAGUUUUUGGAUGCCACAGGAAAGUUGUCAUCAGGAUUCUUGCAAGGUAAUAUUUUCUGGUUGGGCAGAUUUGAGGAGUGUUUGAACACCACUGCAACUGUGUUUGUUGGACCAAACAAUACCACACCUACUCAUCCAUUCAAAGGAAAAUACUGCAAAGUGGGGAUACCUCUAGGACCUACACAGCCACCUGCUGCUGAACUUGGGGAGCCAGAUAUACCACUAGGGGAGUUACAGUUAGGAGUGUGUAUACCCAGCUCAUGUUCCAGAGAAGAUACCCUCACCCUUAUUAAUUCAACUUUAGCACUUGCUUCAAGUGCUGUACCACUUGGAAACAGCAGUUUACAAGCAAAUGUUGCGAUAUGCCACCAGGAGAACUUGAAAUUGGACACUAGAGCUGUUGUCUCUAUAACAAUCCUCAGUUUUCUUGGAUUUCUUGUUGUUGUUGGCACAGUUUAUGAUGUGUUUGUUAUCCACCGGUUCCAUGCUUCACCAGAAUUUGAUGACUUGGAAACAGAUGAAACCGAGCCGCUUGUUCUUGGUUCGCAAAAUAACAGUUCUAGUAGAAAUAUUAAAUACCGUGGAUAUAACAGCAUCCACACGGAGAACGAGAGUCAGCAUGAUGCAGAGAAAAAACAUAUUCAGGAAGAAGAUGAAAUUGGUACAUUGGAACUUGGGUUAGGUGGAAAGGUUCUGCAGGCAUUCUCCCUGUAUACAAAUGGUUCCAAACUGCUCAGUACACACACUGGUGCAGGGACAUUAGGGGCUGUGAAUGGGAUCAGAUUCAUCAGUAUGUCUUGGGUCAUUCUGGGACAUUCUUAUGCUUUCUGUGCCAUGAUUGCUAAGAAUAUUUAUCCAUUUAUAAUGGGACAUGUAAAACAGUUCAGCUUCAUGACAAUUUUGAAUGCUACAGUUGCCGUGGAUACUUUCUUCUUGCUAAGUGGUUUGUUGGUAGCAUACCUGUCACUUAAGGAGAUGAAAAAAGUUGGUGGAGCACGGAAGUUCAAGUGGGGCAUGUUUUACUUCCACAGAUUCUGGAGAUUAACACCAACAUAUGGCCUCAUCAUGUUACUGUAUAUACCACUGAUGAGAUAUAUGUCUUCUGGACCUUUCUGGCAACAAAAUGGAACAGAAAAGGACUUUUGUGAGAACAAUUUCUGGAUGAAUUUACUUUACAUCAACAAUCUGUGGCAUUCAAGAGACACUUGUAUGCUGUGGAGCUGGUAUAUGGCCAAUGAUAUGCAGUUUUAUAUUGUUAGUCCAUUGUUGCUUAUUCCAUUAUACUUUUCCAGUGUGUUUGGUGGUUUAGUGUGUUUUGCAUUUCUGAUUGGAAGCUUCACAGUGACUGGUAUACUAUCUAGUCAGAAUGACUUUCCCAUGGAUAUUCUUGGAACAGGAGGCGAACCCACGAAUGCUGCAAAGUAUUUUGAUGAUAUUUACACAAAGCCUUAUUGUCGCAUCGGACCAUAUGUCAUUGGGAUGAUAUUUGGGUACAUUCUUUACAAGACAGACUGCAAGAAGCGUAUAACAAGGUUCCAAAAUUUGUUGGGAUGGUUCCUUGCUGCAGUGUGUUGUCUGUCAACACUGUAUGGAAACUUUGACAGUGUUCGUGGCAAACAUAUACCGAGCAAGGAAGAGUCUGCCCUUCACAAUGCAGUAAACCCGUCUGUGUGGGCGCUAGGUGUAGGCUGGGUGGUGUAUGCUUGUGCUACAGGUUAUGGAGGGAUUAUAAAUUCGUUCUUAUCCUGGAAGCUGUUUGUCCCACUGAGCCGACUGACAUAUAUAUCAUACCUGAUACAUCCAGUGAUCAUGGAGAUAUAUUACAACUCAAAACGAGAUCCUUUGUAUAUCACAGACUUUGAUGUGGUUUAUUUCUUCUUAGGUCAUCUUGUGCUGGCAAAUGCAGCGGCAUUUGUGUUGUCCCUGGUGUUUGAGUCUCCAUUCAUGAGUCUUGAGAAAGCCGUCUUCCGUAGAGCGAAAAGACAUUAGAUCAUUAUAAGACAGGUGUCCAAAAAAAAAAAAAUGUGACUGUUUCCUUUUUAUAAUACAAAUAUACUGUUUUCUCUAUGUUUGCAUGUGGUGAAAUAUUCAUCUCAGAAUGCUUUAAUCAAACAAAUGAGUGGAAUGUAAUUCAAGGAAUUUGUAACAUAAGUUUGUUUAACCCUUAUCAUGCUGGACAUGAUUGAUUCUGCCUUUGUGACCAGUGUAGAUCAUGAUCAGCCUGCACAUCUGUGCAGUCUGAUCAUGACCUGCACUAUUCGCCAUUCAGUAUCUUUUUGGUAAGCACCUCUUUUAACAAUUAAUGGUACUGCCCAAGUUGAAAGAUGGACAAAUUCGUUAUAGAAAUUUAGCAGGAUAAGGGUUAAGUAUUUUAGUUUUAUAAAACGUGUUGUAAAUUUAUAUGUUUUCAAGAGUAAUACUCAAGAACUUUAUCAGGUUUUAUUAACGCUUAUGGCUUGCCAGUAAAUAGUCCAAAUGGUUAACUCUCAGUCCUUACGACCUCCGGCAGGAGUUUUGACUAUUGACUGGCAAGCCAUUUAAUAAGUGUUUUAUUACAUGACAUCAGAUAUAAUUUUUUUUUUUGACCUUACCUCAGCAACAUUUAAUGUUGAACUAUCAACUGGUCAGAAGUGCAAAAUAUCGACCUGUGAUUUAUAUGAGUUGUCAUGUUGUAAUAUUUCUUGUUGCCAGUACUAUUUUAAUGACUUAAAACAACAUUUUUUUUCAAUCUUCAUUCCUUUUAGUUUUAAAUUAAGCUUUUAAACCCAUUUUAGUUUAGUUAGAUGACUUUAAUUUGAGCAUAUUUUGGCUGAGAAUGAAUUUAUUUUUCAGAUGCAUACAGUAAGCACUAAGUUUUUUUUUUACUCGCUUACCUUAAAAUAACUGCUAUUUGAAAGAAAUUAAGUCCUGUCAAGAGUCCUUCUUAUAGUUUGUAUUUUCCCUUUUUUAAAUCUGAUUCUUUUAACUGUGACUUUGAUUGUGUCAUAGCAUAUUAGAAGUGCCAUCAGUCAGGUUCCCUUUUUUUGAAGUCUUGACAAGUUUUUUCUUGUGUUAUAAAGUAGAAAUAAGACCAGCAAAGAUACUGUGAAAUCAGUUAUAUUCAUAGGAUACUUCAAGGUUGCAUCAUUCCAUGGAAUUAAAUCCUGAUGGUAAACCCUUAUCAUGCUGGACAUGGUUGAUUCUGUCUUUGCGACCAGUGUAGAUCAUGAUCAGCCUGCACAUCCAUGCAGUCUGAUCAUGACAUGCACUGUUUGCUAUUCAGUCAGUAUCUUUUUGGUCAGCACCCCUUUCAGCAGUUAAUGGUACUGUCCAAAUUGAAAAAUGGACAAGUUCAUUAUAGAAAUUUAGCAGGCUAAGGAUUAAAAUUUGAAAUCCAUAAAUUCAUGUUUCAACACAAUACCGGUACUUGUUUUUGUCAAAACGAAGUUGAAUUAUUUCACAGUAAAUGGCAGUACAGGAUUUGUUUUUGGAUUACAGAUAUUCGUAAGAAAGAAAUUUUAUAUGUAUGAAUGUUGUAUUUUAAUGUCUAAAUUACUCUUUAUUUGUCUGUGUUUGUAACAGAUACUGGUAUGCUUGAAAUAUAAAAAGUAUAGAUAUGUACACCACCCCACAUUAUAAUAAGAUCUACUGUAGAUAAUUACAGUUGAAACUUGAUAUCUCGAGCAUGCUGAUCACAAAAUUCUGGCUAUCUCUAAGAUAUUUUCAAGUCCUGUCCGGAAAUCAUGUGCACAAAAUAUCAUUUUAAGUCAAAUUUAGGUUUCAUUGAAGUAAAAGGCUCAAUUUCUUGGAAUUUGAGAUACCCAGUUUCAUCUGUAAUUGCAAUUUUUGUUUGUUUCUGAUAUCUCAUUUCUCUCCAAUUUUUCUUAAUUUCUUUGAGGAAGCUUUGAUCUCUGUUUUUGGUAAUUGUCUUUAUCGCUUUAAAGAUCUGUGGACUUUAUCUCAUGGUUGUAAGAAUCAGAGUGACUUGUGAUCUACUCCCGGUAAAUUGUGCAACAUAAAAUGUUCACAAUACAUAUGAAAACAAGCUUCUUCUUCAUCUGACUAAUGAUUGAUAAUUAAACAUUCCCUUUUUGAGUUUAUUUUUGACAGUAUUUAGUAUUUUUGUGCAUGUAGUUGCAGCAUUCCACAUAUUAUACUCCUAUAAUUAUUCCAUACACUUGGAAUAGAUAGCCUGCUUUAAGGCUAGUUCUGGUUUUAAUUUUGUGUUGGUACAUCAGCCAGUAGAAUAUUUAUUACAUAUUCUGGUAUCUAUUUGAUUAAUAUAGAUCUGUGUAUAUUUGUAACAGCUGUUUUAAAUAUUUUGAUCUCUUCUUUACAAAAUACAGGGGAACUACUGCAGGGCUAUGUCGUAGACUGGUCUGAUACUUAUUAAUUGUAAAAAGGUAGUUGCUCUGGAGGGAUUAUAAAACUGAGUUUGGAGACCAGUCUCAAUAUUCAACUUGUCAUUGGUCCAUUUCAAGACAGCUCAAAAUCCACCAAUCAGUUGCUAGAUAUUUUAGACUGGUCUCUAAUUUCACUUUUAUAACCUCGAUCCUGGUCUUCUAGGAAAGAAUGUGCAGAAAUGUUGUCGAAAAGUGAUUGUGUUGUACUACCUGUAUUUAACCAGUAUCAUUGAUAAUGUUGUGAAUAUUGUUGUUUCUUUAUAUAAAAAAAUUCAUGUCUGCAUAACUGUAUUGUAAAUUGAAAGCUUUUGUGACAUGAUGAUAUUUUUCCAUACUGAUGCUGGAGCAGGCAGUGUUUUACUGUAUUACAGUUGUGUUUGAACCAGUCAACAAAAUUGGAUCCGCUUGAAUAAUAAAAUUACCAUUUUAUUGUUAAUCCCCCACCGUGGCGGAGGGAUUAUAGGAAUGGUCUGCAUCCGUCCGUCCUUCCGUCUUUCCGUCCUUCCGUCCAUCCGUCCUUCCGUCCGUAACAAAAUCGUGUCCGGUCCAUAUCUCCUAAACCUCUUGAAGGAUUUUCAUGAAACUUGGGUCAAAUGAUCACCUCAUCAAGACGAUGUGCAGAACCCAUGAGUCAGCCUUUUGGGUUAAGGUCAAGGUCACAACUCAAGGUCAAAGGUUUGAGCCUACCAUUUUGUGUCCGCUCUAUAUCUUCUAAACUCCUUGAAGGAUUCUCAUGAAACUUGGGUCAAAUGAUCACCUCAUCAAGACGAUGUGCAGAAUCCAUGGGUCAGCUUUGUCGGUUCAAGGUCAAGAUCACAACUCGAGGUCAAAGGUUUGAGCCUUCCAUUUUCUGUCCGCUCUAUAUCUCCUAAACCCCUUGAAGGAAUUUUAUCAAACUUAGGUCAAAUGAUCACCUCAUCUAGACGAUAUGCAGAACCCAUGAGUCAGUCAUGCCGGCUCAAGGUCAAGGUCACAACUUAAGGUCAAAGGUUUGAGCCUUCCAUUUCGUGUCCGCUCUAUAUCUCCUAAACCCCUUGAAGGAAUUUUAUAAAACUUGGGUAAAAUGAUUACCUUAUCAAAACGAUGUGUAGAAAUUAUGAGGCAACCAUGCCAGCUCAAGGUCAAGGUCACAACUAAGGGUCGAAGGUUUGAGCCUUCCAUUUUGUGUCCACUCUGUAUCUCCUAAACCCCUUGAAGGAUUUUCAUCAAACUUGGGUCAAAUGAUCACCUCAUCAAGAACUGAUGAGUCAGCCAUGUCAACUCAAGGUCAAGAUCACAACUGAAGGUCAAAGGUUUAGCUCUGUAUCUCCUAAACCCCUUGAAGGAUUUUCAUGAAACUUAGGUCAAAUGAUCACCUCAUCAAGACGUUGUGCAGAAUUCAUGAGUCAGCCAUGUCAGUUCAAGGUCAAGGUCACAGCUAAAAUCAAAGGUUUACCCUUUCACUAUCCAUAGCAGUGGCGGGGGAUUUAGCUGUCUUUCAGACUGCCUUGUUAAUUUGAAAUCCCAAACAUUAACGUCCAUUUUUCGGCAAAACCAUAGAUUUUAUGGUCACAGAAUUAAAUGAUUUUACAGUACCGUGUCUGUUGAAAAAAUUUUAAUUGAUUAUAAUAAAUCUUUUUAUUUGGAUAUUUACAUUUUAUUUAGUGAAUAUAAAUACUAUUGCUAAUUUAUUUACAUGUUUGUUGAAAUUUGUGGCACAGUUUUAAUAUUUUUCCGACAUUUUUAUUUGUAUGGUAUUAUUGUAGGUAAGGUUGUAAAUUUUGCUUUGAACGUUAUUCUUUAUAGUUCAUUUUUAGCUCGACUAUUCGAAGAAUAGGGGAGCUAUCCUACUUGCCCCGGCAUUGGCGUGAGCAUGAGCGUCACACAAAUGUUAAAGUUUGUGUACCACCCCAAAUAUUUUUAAAGUCCAUUGAGGUAUUGGAUAAACGAAAUGGCUUGAGAUAUUGCUUUGAUAUUUUGCAUAUCAGUUUACCAUCAUGACCCCAGUCUGUAAAAAGGAGGAGGCAACUCUUAUCAAGCAUUUUGACUGAAUUAUAGCCCCUUUUCGACGUAGAAUGUGCUUAUUGUAAUGUUAAAGUUUGCGUACCACCCCAAAUAUUUUCAAAGUCCAUUGCGAUAUUGCUUUCAUAUUUUGCAUACUUGUUUACCAUCAUAACCCCAGUCUGUAAAAAGGAGGAAGCAACUCUGUCAAGCAUUUUGACUAAAUUAUGGCCCCUUUUCGACUUAGAAUAUGCUUAUUGUAAUGUUAAAGUUUUACUCAUAGCUUAUAUUAUACUAUCAAGCACUGAGAAUAGUUGAGCACGCUGUCCACUGACAGCUCUUGUUAGUAUUUACAGUGCAUAAAUUUUCAGUAGUUUUUAUUCGCAGAUUUCUACCUCUUAUCAUACAUUUCAAUCAAAUGUGAUUUAUAGGCAUUUGAAAGUUGCUCAAAAAUAGUUUCUUCUGGUAAUAUCGAUGUAAAGCAAUAUGGAAUAUGUAAUACAAGUAAAUAUAAAAUUCCUAUAUGACUUUAAUAUAUAUGGUUCAUGUCUUUACAUAUAUAUUUAUACUGUUAUUAAUUAUUCAUAUGAUUGUGUGUUUCCAUAAUGGCCAUAUGACAGGUCAAUGGUAAGUUAUUCCAGAGAACUACAAAAAUAGAUAUUUCAUUUUUAUUAAGUAUUUACUAUACUUCUUAGGUUGUACUGACCCUCCAUAGGCUGUAGACUAAGUGUGAGUAGGACACAUCGGGAUGAUCUUUUAAUGGACCAUUCUGGAAACAUAUAUGGAACUCCUGUCAUUAAACCACUCUCACUAACCAAGAAGUGAUUUACCCAGCCUUUUUAUACGAGAAUAGUCCAUUACUUGGAACUAAACAUGACUUACUGGAUAUUUUUUAUGUGUCAUAGUCUAUUUAGUGUAUACUUAUUUAUUUUAACGCAGUGGUGAUGAAAGCUGCAAGCUUAUUUGAACCACUUUCAAGUCUACAUUCUGGAAAAACCUGUGCCAUAUGAGGUGUGGUUGUGACCACAGUGGGGCUCAAACCCAUGACUCUUGGGUUGUGCAGCCAGCACCUUAACCACUACACCUCAGCUUUUCUGCAUAACCUUCAGAAAAGUGCUGUGACAUUUUGUUGCAUUAUAUGAUGUAGGUUGGUCACAUGACACAAGGAGACUGUUGUAACUGUGUUAGUAUUCCUGUGAUAUUUUGUAGCAGUGCUGUAAAAAUUAGCACACUUUACUUUUUUUAAAAUAUCUGAGGAAGUCAUAUCUCUCAAGUAAUAUGAAUGUUAAACAAUGCAUACCAUAAUAGAUUUAUUGUAAUGAAGUUUACUUCAUUAGUCCUAGCUUUUGACUGUAAAUAUGUUGUUACAUACCAUCCUUAUAAUCAGAUACACAUAAAAUACAUAGUCUUAUUCAAAAUAACUUUGGGAUGUUGUUUUAUUUGCAAAGUUGGAAUAGCUUAACUGGGUAUAGAUGACUAUUUCUUGAUUUAGUAUUUUGCAGUUCAUUGAUAAUCUUUCAUUAGUUCUUAUGACUACAUUUUAUCAAGAAUAUAAUAGGGUUAUUAUAACUGUAGCUUGAUCUGGGAUGCAGUAUUCUGCUCGAGUGGAUUUUGCCAGAUCGGAUCUCACGAGGCGCGCAAGCGCCGAGUGUGAUCCAACCUUGCAAAAUCCAUGAGUCCCAGAUCUAGCUACUGUUUUAAUGACCCUUUUAUUAUAUACCUUUACCAUUUUGAUUCUUGUUUUGUUCUUGAACGAAAUCUUCAAUGUUUAUCGAUAUUAAAUGGAACUUAGUGAAGUUUUUAUGUGCGCUAUUUAUAGAAAUGUGUCGGAUCAUGCAUAUUAAUGAAAAUAGUCUGGCAGCAUACAAUACGGAAGGUACAAUACGGAAUUUAAAAGGUACAAUACGGAAUUUUUGUCUGUCUGUUCAUACUUAAUUGUGAAAUACAAGCCGAUUUUUUACAGAAUUUAUAUAGGUAUAUAAUAAUAUAUUGUAUUUAUCACAGAAAGGUAGUAUGUUGUAUGUGUUUAGUUUCAAAUGUCAAAUGUUGACAAUAUGUUUUAGAUCUGUGUAGAUAGAAAUGUUUUGAUAAUAUGUAAUCAGAUAUGAUUUGAUUUACUUGUUUGUACAUUUUCAUGUUACAGUUAAACAUUCAAGAAUGAAGUAGGGGCAUAUCAUUUUCAAAACAUUUUAAAUGUUUUUGCUUUUAUGUGAUAUAUUAAUGUAUAAAAGUUUAAUUUUAAUUCAUUGUUAAAAGUUUGUAGAAUAGAGGCCCCCAAAAGGCAUAUCCUUAAUUAGUUCAACAAGCAAAUGCAUGCUUUCUGUAUCUAAGAUAACUAUGCCGAUUGGACCUUUUCUGUUUCCUGCAAACUGUAAAAUGUAUAUUUUCGAAAUUAUAUAAUAAUCAGAAUUUGCAAUAGUUUUAUGUUAAAAUAUAUAUCAGAUUUUUUACUUAUCUUAACAAUUUUACAAAUAUUUUAAGGUAGUCUCAAACUAAUUACAUUAUAACUAAAAUCUUAUAUAGAUAUCUGAGUAGUAUUAAAUUUCAUUUUAAAUAUGGAAGAGUGAAAAAGACAUAUUCUGUGUUGGAUUAGCAGAGUUAAAUCUUAGAAUAAAUCAAAACAUUGAAUAUACUGGUAUUCAUUUUAUUUAUCUUGAUGUUUCUACAUUUAUAACAAAGACUUUUCAGAAUUUCUACAGUUCUUAAUGAUAAAUUUGAUGUUUUACAUUAUAUUAUCUUCUAAUGUUCCAAGAGGAAAAACAGUUAAUUACUACUAAGUAAUUUGUUUUGUUGUGAAAAUAAGUUCCUUUCAGCUUUCAGUGCACUUACAUUUUUAAUUUGUUUCCUAGAGGAUGGACGGUGAUAUUCUUCAAGAACCAUUGUUGAUAGUUGUGCCAAUUAAAUAAUAACCAUUGUUCUUUAUAGCAUAUAUUUUAGUAUUAUUUACUUAUGCAUACAAUAUUAGCUAUUGUUCUCAAGUUUUAAUAAACUUUAAACUCUGCAGAAA